AUGGCGUCCGCCGCACAACCCCAACAAAUCAACGUUACAGACCUCGAUUUACCCCAGCUUGCAGAUGUCCGGCGCCAGCUAGAAGAAGAACUCAACCACCUCUCGACCUCGUUUACUCAGCUCCGCCAGGCGCAAGCCAAGUUCCGAGCAUGCAUCGACAACGUGAAGCAGGUCAAGCCAGAUAACCAAGGCAAAACGGUGCUCGUCCCGCUGACGAACUCACUGUACGUCCCGGGGAAGAUCCACGACUCGGAGAACGUUAUCGUCGACGUUGGGACGGGUUACUAUGUGAAGAAGUCUCGCGCGCAGGCGCUGAAGCACUACGAGGCAAAGGUGGAUUUCAUCCGCACGAACCUUGAGGCGCUGCAGGAGACGAUACAGAAGAAGCAGGACAAUAUGAAUUACCUCGUUAAUGUAAUGCAGGCGAAGCUGCAGGCGUCCAAGAAUGCAAAGGCUUGA